CAAAAGUAGAUUGCAAUGACAUCUUGACAUAAAGUUGUCAUUCUAUAUUACUCCAAAAUCACAUCAACCAGUGCCUAUUUAUCACCAUAUCUCACUCAAUCAGGACACACGGGACCAAAUCUGCAUCCAUCAUACAUCGUUUGCCAGCAUCACCCUUUAUACUCGGCCAAUCGGGCCUUGAUUGAGGUUUGCGAUUCAACAUGGAUCUCAAUAUCCUUUUUGCGCCUCAAGUAGGCCAACUAAAACAAUGCUAUGCAGAUCUAGGAUAUUUACCACAAAGAUUACAAGAAGCAUUACGAACGGCAAUCGAUCAAGAAGUAAACAAAACAAUAGAAGAAGUGGAGGAAGCAAAAAGAGAAGUGGAUGAAUUGAUGAAAAGAUGUGAUGCAUAUCAAGAUGUAUUGAUGGCAGAUGGUGUUACGAACACAGCUUCAAAAGCAGCACAAUCAAACGAAGCACGAUUCAAUCAAGGUACAUUCAUGUCACGUAUCGAAGCAUGGCAAUCCGAGCUGAAACGAUUAGAACGACAAUACAUGUCAAGGAGAGCACAUGUAGAUCGAUUAAUCGAAACACUAGAGGCUUAUCGCGGUAUCUUGGGAGACUUCGUGCCAGUCAUCGAAGGAUCAACAAAUGCUUCUCAUUCCGAAUGCUCCAGUCUUGUUUCGCCAAUUCCUUCUUUGCGAAUCGUAGAGGAAGCUUUAGCAUCUUGUACGGAUGAAUUGCAUCGCAGAACAGAGGUACUGCAGGAGGAUGUCAAUGGAGUGCUACAGCUAUGGUGUGAUCUGGCAUUAUUGCCAAAUAACGACGAUCACAUAGAUUCAUCCAUUCUACGACACUUGGGUGUGGCACCUCGACUGGUCGACGUAGGGGAAGGUUGCAUGGAUUUCUGUGGUGACUUUGACGAAGUUCAAGCGCAUGAUCAAGAAGAGGAUGGCAUCCUCGAAACACCAUCACGCAAAUCUGGCUCUCAACAUCAACUAUCCGGAAAUCCUUCGCUGAUGAAACCGGGCGCGAUAUUGCCUUCGCUUGAUAAUCUGACAAACGUACAUCAAAGAAGACAGGAGCUUGAUGCAGAAAGGAUACGAAGGACCGAAUUAUUGCAAACGCUCUAUGAUGAAUUGAUCCCGCUUUGGCAACGUUUUGAUGUUGCAGAUGAAGAUGUGGAUGCAUUCGUUCAAGCAAAUUGUGGAUGCACUUUGGUUGUUUUAGAAGCAUACGAAUCGGAAUUACAACAAAUGCGUGAAUUGAAAUCACAGCAUAUGGCGCUCUUCAUUUCCAAAGUUCGACAAGAUAUUGCCGAUCUUUGGGAUCAAUUAAUGAUGACGCCAGAAGAACGUAGGGAUUCGUUCGCACCAUUCUUUUACGAUCUUGCAGAUGCAGCAACGAGUGAAGAAAGCAGAGGGAACAAUGCGGGCAUUGAGCCUUCCGAUGAGCUUUUGGCUUUGCAUGAAGAAAAAGUGCAAGAUUUGCAGGAUGAAUUAGCAACAAGGGCAAAACCUCUAGAAUUGGUACGACAAUAUCUGCGAUUGCUGGAAGAGGCAAGAGAGCUAGAGGAGAGUGCAAAAGAUACGUCCAGAUUGACUGGAAGAGGAGCUCCCGGUCAAAAGCGUGAUCCAGGCAGAUUGCUACGUGAAGAAAAGAUGCGAAAAAGAAUUAAGAUUCUUAAACCUAAAGUGGAAGAAGAUCUAAUGAAGACCAUCCCAGCUUGGGAAGAAGAAUCCGGAAGACCUUUCGUUGUGAAUGGAGCACGCUUCCUCGAUACUGUAGAUAUUCAGCCUGCUCAGAGCAAGAAGCGACCAAGAGUGAUCUCAAACGCUCAAUCCAGCUCUGCUGCUGCUCAAGCGGCGGCUGCCACACCUCAACAGAAUCAUGCUGUCAAAAGGUCUCACAUCGAAGGAAGUGCACCACGCUCUGUCUCUGUCAAUUCUUCUGCUAUUCGCAAAGGAUCAGCACAACAUGGGCAUCAUCCUACGCCAACGAUGGCCAAUGGAAAAGGUACAAGAAAUGUCACUGGACCACCAUCUGCAUUACCCACACCUUCGUCUACAUCUCAGAAGAGCCGAAUCGCCAGCACUGUGUCUGGAAGCAAUGCUAAAGCUCGCUCAGCAACCGUUGCAGGAACUGUAUCAACCCAAGAAGCAUCUCGAAUGAAUGCGACGAUGACCACUAUGACGUCCAAUUCUUCUGCAUCCCUAGCAAGUCAAGCGACUGAUGCAACAACACAUAUACUCAAAGUUGCUGGAAAUCGUGUGAAUAGUAUGCAACCACCUCCCCUUCCCACACCCAAAAGCCAAGUAUCAAAGAUUCGCAACGGAUCCGCAAUGCCUGCCAAAAGACCUUCUAUGCUGCUGGGAGAGUCAUUACGCUACGCUCCCAGACCGAGUAAUGAUUUCGUCAAACCUACCAGUACAGGAGCUGGCGCUUCGAUAAAGCUUGCCAAUGACAGCAUUGGACCGAAUUGGGCGAUUCUCGAUGAUGAAGACGAAGAGAAUUUGCUGAUGCUGUGAAUCGAUUUCGCUUUUAUAAGUGCCUGCUUUCGCUAGCAAUUUCUGUACUUUCGCCUUUAUUUGUACUAUAGUCAAAAUGUCUUUUCCUUACCUGUAUAAUGAUUUUUAGUGUUACGAAUGGAU